GGCGCCGAGCGGAGCGGCCAUGGCCGAGCGGGGCCGGGGCUGGGCCCGGGCCGUGCGGGGGCUGCUGCUCGAUGUCAGCGGGGUCCUCUACGACAGCGGCGCCGACGGCGGCGUCCCCAUCGCCGGCUCGGCCGAGGCCGUGCGCAGGAUCAAAGCCUCUGGGCUGAAGCUGCAGCUCUGCACCAACGAAACGCAGGCGACCCGGGAGAAUUUUGUGAGGAAGCUGCGGGCCAUGGGCUUCGACGUCUCGGUGGCCCAAGUGACCGCGCCGGCGCCGGCCGCCUGUCGCCUCCUGAGGGAGCGUGGCCUGAGGCCACACCUGCUGGUGCACGACGAUCUUGUCCCUGAAUUUGCUGAGAUCAAUAAAACAAACCCAAACUGCGUGGUUCUUGGAGAUGCAGCAGAAAACUUCACCUAUGCAAACCUUAACGAGGCCUUCCGACUUCUGAUUGGGAUGGAGAAGCCUGUUCUGAUUUCCCUUGGAAAAGGACGCUACUAUAAAGAAACUGAUGGCCUGAAACUUGAUGUUGGAGCAUAUAUGAAGGCAUUAGAGUAUGCUUGUGAUGUGCAGGCUGAGGUGGUGGGGAAACCAGCAAAAAGGUUUUUUGAGUCAGCCCUGGCAGAACUGGGAGUUCCACCAGAGCAGGCCAUCAUGAUCGGGGAUGACAUCGUGAACGAUGUCGGGGGAGCCCAGCAGUGCGGGAUGAGAGCGCUGCAGGUGCGGACGGGCAAGUACAGGCCGUCCGAUGAAAACCACCCCGAGGUGAAGCCUGAUGCCUACGUGAACAACCUGGCUGAGGCUGUGGACAUCAUCCUCCAGGAGCUGUAAAUCCCAGCAGGAGCAGGGAUGAGCCCUCACGUGCAGUCCCUCCAUGGAACCACUUCAUCCUCUCCUACCUCCAUCUCACCUGAAUGAACCCAGCCCAGCCUUGUGCAGGGUGGUGGGCACCCUCCUUCCGAAAUAUUUCACAUAAUGGUACAAAAAUGUUCUACUGACCUCUCAUCCAAGGGAGCACCAAACCUGCUGUCCUCUGGCAAGUCUUGAAUGUCCUGCCCUUGGUGCCUGAAGGGCCUCAGCCUCCUCUGGGUGAUGCUGGGGGGCUGUUCCCCCUUUUUAUCUUUGCUCACACUGGGGACCCAGCCUGGAGGUGGGAAACAGGGAAGCCAGGCACCCCCUCAUGAAUGGAUUUACCUGUUUAACCCCCAUGUCCUGUGCCUUUUGGUGUGCCUGAGUGGGAUGGGGCAUGUCCUUGGGGGCUGAUGGAGGCCACCAAGCUCCUGUGUGUGCCUCGGGUGGCACAAAAGCCCUGGGGAGGGGGACAGCCCCACAAGAGCCCUGGGGAGGGGGACAGCCCCACAUGCCUUGGCAAGGUAGGAACCGUGGUUCUGCCAGGAUCAGCCCAUCUGGAGCAGCCCCAGGAGAGGGCACAGGAAUCAGUAACACAUUAGGGAAUAACUGCACCAUCCUGGCUGGAAUAAACCCUGUCCUUUGGAUCUGGCCUGUUUUGUCAUCGUGUUCAGUUGGAUCAGCACUGGCAGGGGUGUUUACAGGACCUGAAAUGCUUUUCCCUACCAGGAAAAGCUGGAAAAGGCCAUGGGACUGAUGGUCCUUGCCUUCACUCUGCGAGGGGGUCUUGUGAGCAACCUGUGUGGGAGGGGGGUGGGUUUCCUCAUUAAAAUCCUGGAUGUGCAGUCCCUGGGCUGUUGGGGCUGAGUCAGACACAGCUCCAGCUGAAAAUGGACUUUUCACAACGGCAUGCAGUGAUGGAAUAAGGGGGAAUAGCUUCAAAAGGACAGGUUUAGAUUGGAUUUUGGGAAGAAAGUGCUCCCUGUGGAGGUGGGGAGACCCUGGCACAGUUUGCCCAGAGAAGCUGUGCCUGCUUCAUUCCUGGAAGUGUCCAAGGCCAGGUUGGAUGGGGCUGGGAGCAGCCUGGGAUAGUGGAAGGUGUCCCUGCACAUGGCAGGGAUGGAGUAGGAUGAGCUUUAAGGUCCCUUCCAGCCCAAACCAUUGUGGGAUUCCAGCAUUCUGUACUCACUGAACAUCCCCUGGGACUGAUCCUGCCCCACAUGCCUGCUGAGAAUCUGCUGCACCAGCUCAGCUCCAGCUGAGCCCCCUCCUGCUGCCAGGAGUGCUCAGCACAUCCAGGGCCAGGACAGGCAUGAGAUUUGCCUUUUUUUUGCUAAUCAGAAUAAGGAUUUCUGAAAGGAGCUGCUCCCUGCCUCCAGGCAUUGCAGCCCUUCCCCGGGGAUUUUGGUUUCUCCCCCUGUCAGUUUUGCAGUGCAGCUGUUGCAGCAGGUGUGGUAACACCUGGCCAUGCUGCACCUGGCAAGAGCAUGGAAGAGGCUUGAAAUGGGUCAAAAAAUUAAAAGAUUAGGGGUUGUCCCUGCAAGUCCUCUGCCCACCCUCACUGACACGUGGUAGUGUUUGCAAGGGUCACCUUUUAGAGGCAAAAGUCACCUUUUAAUCAAGGUAUCAGCAGCUCUGUAACCUCUUGGGCUUUGGGCAAGACUGUUUAGGCUUUAACCUGCUUUAGAUCUCCAGGGGACCAUGGAAAUCAUGUAAUUAUGUUUGUGUUACAUAUAUUUAAUAUAUAUCCGUACUCUCAGGCAGCAUGUGCUGGCUACUACAUUCAGCCACUGCUCUCUGCAUCUGCAAGCAGGAGGUAAAGGAUAAUUCCAGCUCUGUUUCCAGCAGUCCCAACAGCUGAAGACGACCCCACUGACUGAAGGACACCAAAAUGAUGCUCCCUGUUUCUGGAGUGGUGGAACACUUGUUUUUCAGAGCUACCAGCUGGCCCUGGAGCUGCAUAGCACCCCUUGGGGACAGCAGGGGAAAGAGGGCUGGGAAUUAAGUUCUAAUAAAAUAAACUACAUCUGGGAAAAUGA